CGCAAAUCAAAGAGAGCAGUCUCCAAGCCUAUUGUGGCUAAGGUAACACACAACACCUUGCUGCAGGGCAAACAGGAGCAAAGGAGAUGGGCUGCAACAUUCCCCCCAGUGACAUUAUCCCCGCGGUGGCCGCCAGGCUACAAUACUAUGUCGAAAUUCAGAGAAAAGAGGCUGGCUUUGAUCUUUCUGGAAUCCAAGGGAAUAAAAAAGAAAAGUAUAGAUUGUAUCAAUAUUCUCAGGCCCAGGGAGUUCAUCACACACAGAGAUUUAAGAAGAACUUUCUGGAUAACCAGAUGGAAGCGGCACUACGAUCAUACGCUGGAAAAUCUCGUAGAGGCCAGGAUAAAACACUGGAAAUAAACCCAGAGCAGAAGAAGCACACGCAGAACCGAAUCAGAAAGAAGAUGUCAUCCUUAGCUAUUUCUGACAAGAUGAAUAACAGCAAUGUCUGUCUUAGGAGACAAACUGUCAAACAAAGGUUGCUGAAUGACCGGGGGAGCAUCUCGUCAGAUCGUACACAAAUCUCUGCACCUCAAGUAUCAUAUAAAGAAUUCCGAAGACUUAUUUCCACAGCCGCAAACCUCAUUGUAGCCACUACUUCAGAUGAAAAUAAACAGAAUUCUUCUGACUUGCAUAAAAAAGAUCUUUGUUCUCCAAGUUGGAAUUAUUAUGAAAAGCUAAUUUUACCAUAUAUUCCUUUCCCACAACACAGAGUUUAUAACAGUUUGAAGGAACAGAAAGCCCAGUCCCAGUCACCUGAAAGUGUGAAGAUUACUUCCUCUUUGCACGAAUCCUUUACCAUUUCUGAACCAGUAUCACUAGAUGAGACGGAUCACAGGGAAGAUAUGGAUCUUACCUGCAAAAUGAAUGAGACGUUUAUACAGGAGUCGGAAAUCAGUGUGGCAAACAAAGAAGAGGAAAAUUAUGAAAUAAGGGUUUACACCGGGUCCAGCACCGAAGCAAAUGUGAAGCAAAUUCUCAAUAUAACAUUAGUUGGUAGCAAUGGACAAUCUAGAAAACUUUCUCUUGAAACGUCAUCAACGAAUCCUGUACCGUUUUGUUCUGGACAGACUGAUAUUUUUAAGAUGAAGACCAAAGAUGUUGGAGUCUUGGAGCAAGUAAUAGUAGGAAUGAAAAGAAAAAGUGCAGGCUUCAAAUGCUAUUGUGAGGAUAUAAUUGUGAAGAAGGGCAGUCCCACAGCUGAGGUGUAUGUGUUCCCUUUUAAUAGAUGGCUGUCCUCAAACCAGACGGUACUGCAAGUGUUGCCUCACAUUCCGGAAGAUACUAAUGUAGUGAACAAACCACAUAUACAGUCACAAGAUAAGCAGCAAAUGAAAAUAAAAAGUAUAGAGAAGUCUUCUCUUGUAGACAGUAAUGUGGAUGACCAUGGAAAGGUACCUUCUCCUUCUCAAUUAUUGGAGGAAGCACAGCUAUUAAUGUACCCUGACCCUGAAGAAACAAUAACUUGUAAGGAAGUGGAACUUGAUAAAGAAUUAGCAUCAGUGAAUUCUAAAAUAAAUGUCAUUAAGGAAAGUGGCUUGAGUAUAGAUAAAUUAGUGCCAGAAAACUCAGCUGCAGCAACAAACAGCUUGACAAAUUCUGAAAAGCCGUUCACGAACACUGAAAUCCCUGUUGAAACGAAAAUUGAUAUUUCUUUAGAAAAACAUGCACAAGAACCUAGUCAACUGGAUGGUUCACAGUUUGAGGAAGUAACUAAUGGAGAUGCUUCCUACAAACCCUCAUUGGAGGAAAAUGAAAACAAAAAUAGAAUAAUAAACAAGAGCUCUCAUACAGCCAAAUCUGAGCUGAUCCAGAAGAAAAUCCAGAGAGAUGUAUCCAAGCAUAAAAAAGCGAGCAGUCCUCCUCCUUAUGUGUUCUUUUCAAAUGGAGUAAAGAAGUCUACCGAUGUUGGUGAAGAGCAGUCAGAAGGAAAUAGCACAGGUGACUCAAUAAAACCAAACAAAAUACAAUCUGAUAUAGCAACACCUGUCGGCAUAGAUCAGAGAGCCUCAUCUGCAAUAAACAACGAAGGGAACCGUAAUGCUUCACAGCUCUUCUUAUUACAGCAAAUUCUACUAGAGCCCAUGGACAGUUCAUCUGCUAGGUCAUUAGGUGCGGAGUCACAGGAUAGCUGUAGAGGUUUGGAAAACAUGGAAACAAAGGACAGUUGUGUUACGGACAAUGAUUUGAAAACAUCUCAUGUCCAUGUCAAUGAACAGUGUUGUCAUCCAAUUGAUCAGAUUGUCCAGACAACUGUUACAUGUGAGGACGAUGGAAGCAGCUUUAUCUCGGACACAACACUGGCUGAAGAUUUCCUGUUUUCAGAUACAUCGCUGAUUUUAAGCCUAUCUGAAAAUGAAGAUUUAAGAGACUUUGCUCCAGGUUACAGCUCUGAUAGUGAGAACCAUCAGCCCAGACAUAUGACGGAAGAUCAAGAAAUGAGGAGAAGAGAUGGUCGUAUUAACAAUAACUUUAAGAAAGCUAAAUUCAGAGAGGAUAUUUCAGUUCUAUUUCAAGAAGCAUUAGAUGCAAUCAGUAUUAAAGACAAAGACGUACUAAAGAACAUGUGCCAGGCUCAUUUUUUUCUUCUCAGUGCUACAGAUAAGGAAGGGAAAACACUGUUACAUCACGCAGCCACUCAUGGAAAUGCCAGUAUGUGCCAGGCUCUGCUAGACUCAAAUGUAGGAAUGAUAAACAUAGACAGACAGGAUUUUUUUGGAAGGACGGCUUUACACUAUGCUGUUCUAAACGGCAACAGUAAAAUCGUAAAACUACUGCUGAACAAUGGGGCUAAAUUUGAGAUCUCUGAUAAGAAUUCAGAAACCGUUCUUGAUCUUGCUUUAAGCCAUGUUGAGGAGAUGUAAUGGGCACCACUUCGAGUGAAUAGCUUGUUCCUGAAUACAAUUUCCCUGGUGUCCGAUGGAUCAAGAUUUGUCUGCUUCUCUACAUGAUGUUAAACCAUAAGGAGUAUCUAAGUGGAUGGAUAAUAUAGAGAAGAAAGUAUCUUGCCUUUGAAAUAAUUGUCACAAUUAUAUUUACAUUUUUAUAUUUAUAUAUCAGAGCUCAUCAUUUAUCAUUUAAUAGGUUGUCUGCUUGUGAACACCUUUAAACAGUGUCCAUAAAGGACUGUGCACUUCUGUGUGAUAUCAUUAUGUAUUGUAAAAUUAUAAACCAUCUACGUAGCUCAGAACAUACAUUUCCAUGCUGUUGUGUUAAAGUUCAAAUCUUACUUGCAUUAAACGUUAUGAAACACCCUGAUAUCCCUUUAUCAUAAAACAAUUGCUUGUAAAGGGCAUGACAUUUAUCUAGAUCAACACACUUCAGACACUUCUCAGCUCUCUCUCUACUGCAGCCAACGUGAGAGGCACUGAAACCUAAUACAGUGAGAAUGUCAGCAUGUACAAAUGCAAACAUUAUAAACCGUACCUAUAUAUAGAUUAUCCUGGCACUGCGACAUGUUUAGGGCACUAUUUUUAGAAUCAUUAUUCUAUAUCAUUAAAAGGGUAAUCCCUGGUACAACUCAGAUAUGUUAACCAUGCUGGAAGUUCAAAUGGCCGUAGUUUGUGGUUUCAAAUAAAUAGUAUGUAUUAAGUAUUCAGCCCAGGUUACGUUAUAACUAUUUUGUCUGCUAAGGUUAUAGUGAAAAAUUUGGUUAAAAAAAAUAAUAAGUAUUUUAAUAUAUAAACAUUACUUCAAAAUGUAUUGGGAAUACAUUUUAAUCAGUCUAAAGGGACAUGUUACUCAUAUACUUAUUGUUAUACAGCAUAUUUGUAGAACACUGACAAGAAAAUAUUACAUGAACAUCUCUAUGUAAAAAAGGAAGAUAUUUUACCUCAAAUUUUUUGAACUCACUAGACUUAAGUUUUCUGUGAGCAGUUAUGCGUCAGCUAUUCUUUUUACUGUCAUCUGCAUGGUGAAAAACAGGCAAUCCGCACCAUAAGUGCCAAAUUCACACAUUGCUUUAUAGUAAUCUCAUGGGAUUUCACCAUAAUCUCUAUUUAAUUGUAAACUUCCUUAAACUAAGGAGGGAAAUAAAGUAACUGUGCCCACACAGGACAAGCAUUCUGAUUGGAUGCUUACAAUAGGAUGUGUCUACUGAGGAAAUUUUGAGGUAAAAUAUCCUUAUUUACAUAGAGAUGUUUAGGUGAUAUUUUCUAGUCAUCUUUUUAUAUAUAUGCUGCAUCUCUUUCAUGUUAUUUAGCGUUUGAGUAACACGUCCCUUUAAUAGAAUUGUAGAUCAUGGGAAGUUUGCCUGAGAAACAACUAACCGGUAUUCAACAUUGCAAAUUUUACAAUAACGAUUAGGAUAAUGAUGCAUUUAAUGUUGCCAUCAAUUUCACUGUUACCUGUUUAUUUUUAAAGUCAGCUUUGAAGCUUUUAAAAAGGACUGUGCAUUGCAUGGAAUGGUGAUAAUGCAGAGCUAAGCUACAGAAUAAUUAAUCUACAAUAAAGAAUAAUUUAAAAACCUAA